UCCCCGGCGGGGCGGGGCUGGCGCCGCUGCUGUGAUGGCGUCGCGGGCGUUGCGGGCGGAGGCGCAGCCGCUGCGGUGCCAAUAGAGAGCGGAGCGGCCGGGCCGGGCAUGGAGAGCCUGGCGCAGCCCCCGCCGCCCCCGGGCUCGCUGCAGACGGGCGGUGGGGGCGCUGCCAGCCGGCUCCGCCUGGGAGAGGCGGCGGCGGGCGAAGGCGGCUGCAGGGAGGCCGAGGAGAGCGGCGGGCGGCGCAGCCCUUCUCCUCCGCCGGCCCCCGCUCCCGCCGCGGCCCCUCGGACCGCGUCCCCCUCCCGGGCCGCGGAGGGUGGUGCGGCGGCGGAGGGCGCGGGGCUGGCGGUGCCGGAGAGUCCCGGAGCGGCGCCCGCCUCGGAGAGCGGUCCCGCGGGAGCCGGCUCCGGGAGCAGCGGCGCUCCCAGCCCGCCGGGGGAGGAGUCCCGCAGCCUGGACUCGCUGGAGUCCUUCUCCAACCUGCACUCCUGCUGCCCGAGCAGCUCCGAGCUCAACAGCGACGCCGACGAGGCGGUGGUGGCGGGGGCCUCCUCGGGGGGCCCGGCCCCGGAGCCCGAAGGGGACAGGCCGGCGGCGGGCUCGCAGCUCCUCUCCGCUUCCAAGGAGCGCUUCCCGGGGCAGUCGGUCUAUCACAUCAAGUGGGUCCGCUGGAAGGAGGAGAACACGCCCGUCAUCACCCAGAACGAGAACGGCCCCUGCCCGUUGCUGGCCAUCAUGAACGUGCUGCUGCUGGCCUGGAAGAUUAAACUGCCACCAAUGAUGGAAAUCAUAACGGCUGAACAGCUGAUGGAAUACUUAGGAGACUACAUUCUUGAUGCAAAACCUAAAGAGAUAUCUGAAAUUCAGCGACUUAAUUAUGAGCAGAACAUGAGUGAUGCAAUGGCAAUUCUGCAUAAGUUGCAGACGGGUCUGGAUGUCAAUGUGAAGUUCACAGGUGUCCGAGUAUUUGAAUACACACCUGAAUGCAUAGUGUUUGAUCUUCUUGAUAUCCCCUUGUACCAUGGAUGGCUUGUGGACCCUCAGGUUGCUGACAUAGUAAAAGCAGUUGGUAACUGCAGUUACAAUCAGCUGGUGGAGAAGAUAAUUUCUUGUAAACAGUCAGAAAACAGUGAACUGGUUAGUGAAGGGUUUGUAGCUGAGCAGUUCCUAAAUAACACAGCUACACAAUUGACAUACCAUGGACUGUGUGAGUUGACUUCAGCUGUUCAGGAGGGAGAGCUUUGUGUGUUCUUCAGGAACAACCAUUUUAGCACCAUGACCAAAUACAAGGGUCAGCUUUAUCUGCUGGUGACAGACCAGGGCUUUCUUACAGAAGAGAAGGUUGUGUGGGAAAGCUUACACAAUGUGGAUGGUGACGGGAAUUUCUGUGACUCUGAAUUCCACCUGCGGCCUCCAUCAGACCCUGAAACUGUCUACAGAGGGCAGCAGGAUCAAAUAGAUCAGGAUUAUCUGAUGGCAUUGUCUCUACAACAAGAGCAGCAGAAUCAAGAGAUUAACUGGGAACAGAUCCCAGAAGGAAUCAGUGAUCUAGAACUAGCAAAGAAACUCCAGGAAGAGGAGGACAGGAGAGCGUCUCAGUUCUAUCAGGAACAAGAACAAGCAGCUGCUCAGGUCCAGCAGGUACAAGGUGCUGCCUCUCCAGCCAGUGCUGCAAGACAAUCCGGGAGUAACGAACGCAAACGCAAAGAGCCUCGAGAGAAGGAGAGGGAGAAAGAGAAGAACAGCUGUGUUCUCUUGUAACAGAACAGGGAUUCCAUCUGGAGCCAAGUGCAUGUCCUCAGAAGCAAAAACAAGGAGUAAAAAGGAAGACAAACCUGUUACAUGCCGCCUGUGCCUGAUUACCCCAUGGAUUUUGUUCAUGUUCCAAGAGAGGAGGGAUGACUUUGUAACAAUCAGACUUCCUUCAAAGUCAUAGUGCGUGCUGCUCAAGAGGGAAUUCCAAAUCACAGUUGGAUGCGGCUGUGCUUUGAGUUAGUCAUAAGAAAUACUGCACCUUGUAGCUGAACACACAACUCAUGGCAAGUCCUGUGUCAUAGUGACAUCCAUUACUCAUUACAUCAGUUAGUAAGCUAUUUUAUCUUCUACUCUAAACAAAGGUAAUUCAUUUUGUGUAAGGCUUUUUCCUGAAGUCUGUACACGAGCACAAUGGAGUUCUGUGUUACUUCCUUAGUAUGAAACUAUAUCUUAGGCUGGGUAUAGUCUCCACGACACAAGAGCCCAAGUAACAGCUGGGCACUGCCUCCUCAGUGUGUCCAGAUUUCUUUGCUUCUGGAUCUGGUAUGUUCUUUUUUUGAACCCAGAUUUAUACUGCUAUCACUGCAUCUCCUGGCCAGCUUUUCUUGCCCCAAGAAUACGUGAGUUAUUAGGCAGCAUACAGAAAUUGUCAUGAAAAACGUGGGGCAUUUAUUAAAAAGCAAGAUGAAUAUUGUUUGCUUUUCUUGCAACUACAAACUGGGUAUGGCAACUCAGAUGUUAUCAGGGUUAAACAAGUAAUUUUAUAGAUAACUUCUUUUUCUUUUAUUAUUUUUUUUCUCUUGUAGGUAAACUGGACCAGAUAAGCUUUUAUUUAUUGACCUCUCUAUAUGUUAGAUGAAUGAUGAGAGGAAACUAAAGUCUAUAAUAAUCGUUAUUCUAUAUAAGAAUGCAGAGUCAAAAUAACUAACUAUCUGCCUUUUAUCCAGAAGUACCUUGAACUUCAACAUGACGUUAACGUGUCCACUUGUAUACUUAAGCAAGUGUACUGUAGUUAAAAACACACUUUUUUGUUUGUUUUAUAAAUCAUGUAUUCUUAUAAAAGCACACUUCUGAAGGGGUGAGAGAGGAGUGAAGCUACUCUCUGAGAUGGUUUGAAAGAUGGCCAAGUGUAAUAUUUUGUUUUUUAAAUCACUAAUUUAGAAUUUUUGGAAACCAGAUUUUUCUAAUUUAUGGGAACCAAAUAAACAUGUUGCAUCUUGUAGUAUUUAUAGAAUGCAGAAAUAGAACACUUGAUGAAUUUUGAGGGAACCACAAAUCUUCCUCCACUUCCAUUAAAUCAAUAACAAUUAUAUUCUUGUUGAACCUUUUGAUAAAAAUUUCUAUUUAAUGAUUUGUAGAUACUUUUGAAACAGGCUGCUUCUCCUGGACAAGUUCUGUAUCCAUACUCUAAGCCUUAGUGUUCACACAGAAUAACCUGCAAGCUAAGGAGGAAUGUGACAUUCCUGCUUCCAGGUGUUUGGAGAAUGUCUAUAAAAGUGGGUGUCUAACACAAGUCCACUAGUAAAGAGCCAAUUCACAAUUAUUUCAAGCAGACUUGCUGCACUGAUGGCAACCAGUCAUCACACACAUCUGUUACCAACCUAGAAUGAAAAUGAGAUAAAGGAAGAUUGUAUUUUUACCAACUAAAGGGCCAAUUUGUAUCACUUUUUUUCCAUGCUUUUUCCUCUUUUGUUUUUUCUUCCACUUUUGUUAUUUCCCUUUUAUAAUGAUGAAGUAAUGAAGAGUAGGAGGUCUCUAAUGUGUAAGCUAUAAAUUUAGAAAUAUCUUCUCUAGAAAAGUCAUGCCCAGAGAAGUAAUUUUAAUACUUAAUGUAUGCAGUUGAGAUAGUUUUCUAUGUCAAAGCAAAGGUUGAUGUCUCUUUUUCCUUUGCAGCAGCCUAACUUCUUCAAACAAAUUAAUGUGAUGGAGGAUCACCACCAUAAUGACUUAGCUACUUUAAGUAGAUGAGAAACUAUUCCAGUAGUGUCAAUAACAGAGACUUUAAGCCAGAAUGUUGUUUAAAAACAUUCUGUUACUAAGAUUUUUCCAAAUUUGUGUAUUUACAUUUAUUUAUUGACCUUGAAAAAUAAAUAUGUCAAGCUAAGUGUUUGUUUUUAUUUUCAGUGACAGUAUUGCCACUUUAACUCCUUUUGGAAGGAAUCCAGCUGUUGUGGCUAUGGAGUUCAUCUCUUUGCCUAAGAUACUUGCUCAUAUUAGAAGAAUUCAUGUAACAUUUCCAGUUUCAGACAGAUAUGCCUGAAACUUAAUAUACUGGAGUUAGAGGAAUUAUGGUCAUUUGGUCACAGAGGAAGAAGAGCUAAAUGCAGUGCUCAUCAUGAAGCUGCAACUCCCAGAUAAUUCAGUUCCUUUCAAUAGAGGAGUAGAGAGUUUCAGGGUAUUUGAGAUGGAAGGCAUGCUAUGAACACAGUCCUCUGUUAAUAUCCUUUUUCCUUUACAGGUCUUGAAGCUUUGGAAAAAAGGUAAAGAAUUCCUGAAAUCUAGGGCUGCAUGAGUUGAACUUGUUAGUGGCAAAAGUUAUAAGCAGUGGAGCUUCCCAAUACCCCAAAUGAAAUUCAUGUGGAAGCUUAAUUUAUGCCCUGCGGGGAGUAACCAUUCCGAAAGCACCUGUCACAGUUGGUAUCUCUGACAGUAUCUGAGGAUCAAAAAACAUGAACAGAAUUCUUUUAUCUAUAUGAAGUGAGCUUGGAAAACAAUAUUGCACAAUAUAGUCUUGGAGUACCAAGAAGACAAUAUCUACUUCUGUUUACUUCAUUUGCCUUUUUUUCCUUUUUUUUUCUCCAGCUCAUGUUCUUGCAAAAGGGUAUAGAUUUGUACUUUAAAUCUAUUUAUACAAUUUAGCAUGCACAUGCUCCAAAUACUACAUAAUAUAUAUGAAAGUGUCCAGAAAAGUAUAGUAGAACCUGUUUUUCACUAGAUAAAUGCUAGCACAGAAAACAGAAUAAUAGAUUUUUUUGUUGUUGCAUUAUAGUUGUGGCAUAAAAAAAGCUACAUACAAGUAUUCUUAAGAUUAGCAAAAAACUGAGCACUGCCAUAAAUGUUUUUCUAUAAGGCACUUUGUAAAUGCUCAAAUCCACCAGUUUUCUUGUAACAUCAACACUUGCAACCCAACAAAACAGAUCCAACAGAGGGUUGUAACACCAGAGAAUGAAGUUAGCAUUCCUGAAAUUCACUUAAACACAAUGCAAAAACUACAUUUUGUUAGCUGUCCACGUUGUUCGUAGAAGAAAUUAUGUGUUCAGAGUGUCUCUGCAGAGCUGCUCCUGUGGCUCACAGGAACAUGAGCUCCACGGGAAGCACAGGCUCUGCUGGGAACCUUGGAUUGCUGGGCAAGCUCUUAUUCACGUGGUAUUUCACAUUAUUGUCAUGUUUCUUCAAACUUGUGUAUACAAGCUCUUGAAAAAUUUUUCAGUAUGUAAUAAAAGGCAGUUUUGAGUUCUUGAAA